CCACAUUUUCCCUGUGCUGCCACAAUACUGAACACACGUGACCUUCCUGUUUUUAGCCAGUUUAACGCAUGUGCUUUAAAGACAGACCACACUGACGUUAGCCAACAUAAGCACGAUCAUCACUUUCUUAAUGUCAUCGAGGUAAGAUCUCUGCUCACGCGCUGACAUCGCUUGGAGGUGGACCAUGGCGGCUGCCACGAGCAGCAACACAUCCACCACCACGCUCCAGAUAAAGCAUUCCAGCAGCGAACAUACACGGAAACGCAUAGAUCCGAGGAGGAGACAAGCUGCGCUGUCUUUUCUCAGCAAGAUCUCUUUGGACGGACGGCCAGUGCAAGAUGAUGCAGACAUCCAAACCGAAGAGGAUGAUUCAGUUGAGGGAAGGACUAGACAGAGCCUGGUUUCCCCAGAACGCUCAAUGCAUGCGGCAGAUGCUGGUGCUGCCACCGGGGCAGGGGCACCAGUGGCAGCGACCACGGCCGCCCAGGCGCUCGCUAACCACGCUCUGCUUGCUACAAACCGAGCAAGUUUCGUGAUGGGUCCCACUGCUCCCCCCGGGACGGAAUCGGACGGGGAUGCGUUUGGGCCUUCCAUAUUCAGCUCACCCUUCUCUGCGGUCCCAGCCGCGGCUAGAGGGAGGCUGCAGACAUACACUCAGGGGGUCCUACCUGCCUCCUUCUCCAGGCAGGGCGCCCAGAACUACAACCUGGAGGGCGGACAGAUAGCCAACUCUGCAAUAGAGCUGCAGAGGUCAAGACGGAGACUCGUCUCCCAGCGUUCCUCCCUGGAGACCCUGGAGGACAUUGCGGAGAACGCUCCUCUGCGCAGAUGCCGAACCCUAUCGGGUUCACCGCGACCAAAGAGCUUCAAGAAGAUCCACUUCAUCAAGAACAUGAGGCAACACGAUAUGCGCAAUGGAAGGAUAGUCCUUAUCAGUGCCCGGAGAUCCUUCUAUAGUGUAUUUUCUGUGCUGCCUUAUCGAGAUUGUAGCCAAGCAGGGGAUGUGAAGCUGGAGGGCGGGCGGCAGCGCCACCCGUCGGGGGGUGUGAGCGCCAAGGAGAUGGUGAUCGGGCUGGAGGGGGUGGAGCUAGGGGCCGACGGGAAGACGGUGUCCUACACGCAGUUCAUGUACCCCACCAACGUCCUGGGCGGCCGCAGGAACACCAUCGACUCCACCUCGUCCUUCUCCCAGUCCCGCAACGCCAGCCACCGCAGCCUGAGCCUGGCCCGCCUCAACAGCACCCAGAGCAGCCUGGACACGGGCAACGAUGUGGGGGACCUCCGAGAGUACGACCCCAACCUGCUGGACGACCCCCAGUGGCCCUGUGGGAAGCACAAGCGAGUCCUCAUCUUCCCCUCCUACAUGACCACAGUGAUCGAGUACGUGAAACCCUCGGACCUCAAGAAGGACAUGAACGAGACCUUCAAGGAGAAGUUCCCCCACAUCCGGCUGACGCUCAGCAAGAUCCGGAGUCUGAAAAGGGAGAUCAGGAAGCUGGCGCAGGACGAGUGUGGCUACGGCGAGCCCACGGUGGCCAUGGCGUUCGUCUACUUUGAGAAGCUGGUGCUGCAGGGGAAGCUCAACAAGCAGAACCGCAAGCUGUGCGCCGGCGCCUGCCUCCUGCUGGCCGCCAAGAUCGGCGGCGACCUCAAGAAGCACGAGGUCAAGCACCUGAUCGACAAACUGGAAGAGAAGUUCAGAGUGAACCGCCGGGAGCUCAUAGCCUUUGAGUUCCCGGUGCUGGUGGCCCUGGAGUUCAACCUGCAUCUGCCCGAGCACGAGGUCAUGCCCCACUUCAGACGCCUCGUCCAGACGUCCUAACGCCGCGCCCCGUGGGGACGGGGGCCGGCCGGCUGGGCUCUCCUCCUCCUGAUUUCCAAUCAUCUCACAUCAUCUCAGAUCACCUCCAAUCAUUCACGCCACGCUGGCCUUUCCUCUCAGAGACCUGAAAUCUGCCAAAGUGACUCACUCUUAAAUAGUUUUCAGGGCCGUCCUUCGACAUUUAUUCUCUGUGUUUCUGCACAAGUCGUGCACGUUCCUCGAAGUUUGAAGGCUCCGACCGGUAAUUUCUUUUUUCUUCAUUGUGAUUUUUUUUUUCUAGUUAGUGGUUUUUGGAUCGCAUCUCUCACAUUUUUCAGCUACCAAGAGGUUUCUUGGUGAUGUUUUGGCAAAGGGUUGUCAAAGGAAAAACUUUCCGAUGUCAAAUUUCUUCAUAUUUUUUCACUCGUGUCCUGUUCAUGAAUGUCAUGAUCAUUGCCUUUUGACAAGCAUGACUUUAUGAACGCUGCAGCCUCUUUAGCUAUUGGUUUUGGCUGGAUUUGUACUCUUCUCUAUAGAACAUUCUCUAUAGAAAUGUGUCGCUCAAUUGCACCCCCCUCCCCAAUCACUACAAGUGCACUCCUGGAAAAUUAUGGGGAACGGGAAGAGGGGAUCAGUUUUUUCAUCCUCUUAUUUUUGGAACAAAUCUGGAAAAAAUGAGUCAUGUGACCAUUCUUUAUAUGAUUUCUUAUUUUCUACAGACCACUAUCUGCAUGGGAUCUGACAUUUUGAAAGUACUUGUGUAAAGUACAAACUUGAUGGGACGACUGUUGUUGUAUCUUUUACAACAUACAAAGUAUUGGAUUGUUUUUUAAUUGUAAAAUGUUUUGCUUUGGAACUAUACUAACCAGAAACUUGUACUUUAAGCGUGCUAUUUCCCCAUGCUCUAUGUUAGAGUGUAUUCCCAGCACUGGAACAGUGCUUCGUUGGGGGUCAGGAGAGAAAAGUACGAACGACUAAAGUGUAUUAACCAAUGGUCACUAAUUGGUUUUGGGUGGGACGACUGUGGAUUGGUGCCGCAGAGCAAGGCACUACAAACAUGUCUCCGCUUUACAGGGGCGUGAUUCACUAGAAGGACAUCCACUCUGGCCCCACCUGUAGCAGGGGUGGAAGGGAACGAAGGCAUUUCCCCGCAUCGUAUGAAUAUAGCGUCAUACUUUGGAACAUAACUUGAAUUUGUUAUUUCAAACAUAAAGCUCGGGUAGGCCACCUUUUUUCAAACCAGCCAGAGUCGAUUCGAUUUCUAAAGUAUCCAACCAAAAA